CCAGAGCAGUUCAUGUGUUUUUGUGUAGCCUGGUUUAGUGUGGGGAGCUGUCUGUCACAGACUUUCAGCCACAUGUCAUUAUAGUACACUUUCAGAAAUACUAAGGUAUUGAUAUACAAAGAAAUUCUUUUUUUUGGUUGAUUCUAUUUUGUCCAGUCUUCAGGGUAAAUGUACAAUAUACCAUCCAGUAUAUUUUUGUUGUUUAGGUUGACUCUAAAGAGUCAUUAUAAUUCAAAUAAGAGUUACAUGAAGUUGCUGAAAAUCUUCCUAGAAAAAGGUGUCAUUGUAAAAACUGAUGGGCAGAAAAAACAAAACAAAAAACUUCCACAAAGUUUGAUUUACAAAAAAGGGGGCUGUGUGUCUGAAAAUACACACAUGCUCAGACAGAUAUAGUGCUUUCAUAUCUGAGAAGUUCAGAGCUUCCUGGAAGUUGCAUUCAAGUGCUGUGCUGGUGGAGGCCAUUCUUCAGACCUGUAUGGGUGGAUUUGGUGUUCACGUCGCGGAUCCUGCUGCCAGCAAAUAUGUCCACUAUGAUAAACACCUUUCACAGCAGCUUCAAUCCUCCACCGGUACCUCCACGGCCAGGCCACCGAGGAGGACCAGCGCUGCCAUCAAACACACCAUUAGUCAAGUUCUUGUCGGUGCUGCUGCUUCUGCUAAUGAUACAGACGUUUGGAGGGUUUCUAUACCUGUUCCAUAGAAUCAACAUGCUGCAGGACAGACGCAAUGAUAACGAGAUAAGCACACUAAAACAACUACAGCAGUGUGCAGACAACCUAGAAUAUGAGAAUGUACCAUUCUGCAACAAGCUUGUCGAAAACUUCAAGACUGUCAUAAAAAAGGUCUCUCAAGCUGAAGGAAGAGUGGCUUUGUUGAUUGAAACUGGAUCCUCCACCACACCUCAAGCAAACAUGGUGUUAAGUGUGACUUCACAAUCUAAAAUGAAGAAUCAGUCCAAUACCCUGUUGUGGGAUGGAUCCCACUCUGUGAUGGAUAAGAUCAGCCUCAGCACAUCAGGAGCCCUGACCAUUCACUACCCUGGAUAUUAUUUGAUUCAAUCUAAAGUCACCUUUUCCAAAGCGCAUGAAAAAGCAACACUCGGGCAAACCAUAUGGACCCAAAAUACAAAAGUGGGAAACCCAACGAAACUGCUUGAGUCCUACUGCAGCUUGCCCCGGUACAGUACAAUACCUGAUCUGUGUACUGCCUCGCAGACAGGGGUGUUCAGACUUGAGAAGGGUCAGACGCUGUUUGUUAAUGUAACUGACAGGCACUUGCUGCACUUGGACUCUACCACUUUUGGAUUGUUCAGGCUACAGGACUGAGUGCAGACUAACUAAGAACUAAGAGGAUUUACCAGCACAAAACAAAGUGGAUUUGAUCUAUAACUGAAUCCAUUUUACAGGGUAAACAUGGAUAACCAUGCACUGAUAACUAUCUGAAAUUUGACUAUUUGAAACUAUUCGAAAAAGGAGGCUGGAACUUCCACAGAGAAGAGCUUCUUCCUUUAACAUACACCAUAAUGCAAGCUCAGAGGAAAAUCUGGCACAUCAUUAACGUCUGGAUUUACACAAAAAAAAAAGGAUGUGUGACGUUCAUUAACCAUUUUCCAUAUAAAAAUUAGUCAGCAAUUAUAAACAUGUAGUUUAAAGCAGUGGUGUAAAUCUAACUUUUCUUUAAUAUUCUCAAUCUAUACUACCAAAAUAAUUUAUUAAUGUUCAAUCUUCUCCACUGUCAUAUUGUCUGUCCUAUAUUUAUGAAGGAAAAAUAGACUACUCUUAUACCCUCUGUGUCAUUUUAUAUCAUGAUCAUUUAGCUGUUCUAGAAUAGAUAGUGACACUACAUUUAAGCCUAAUUAUCUCCAAAAAAAUCUACACUGAUGAUAAAUUGUAAUAUGGUCCUCUUUUGAUAAAAACAAAAACAUAUUUCUAAACCCAGCUGUGUGUCACAGUAAAUUCAUGAUAAAUAUACCACAGAUGGCAUGUAGGAUUUUUAAUUAAGUUCCUUCUCUCAAAAUAUGUAUUUAUAUUUUUUUUAUUAAAAUACAAUUUUCUAAAUCAAACACAUAAUUUUGUUUCUACUCUGACUUUCAGGCUUUUUGAUCACUGGUAAUAUUUGAGAAAUAGAAGAAAGCAUACAUAGUUUAGUCUAAACAGUUCCUACCAGUGAUGGAUCAGCAAUCACACCUACCUACAUAUUAACAAAAUUUCGAAGCAUUAGGCGUGACAAAGACUUUUUUUUUUUUUUUUAUACAGAUCUGUGUAACCACAGAAAUGCUAGGCUCACCCUCCCCCUACACUUUCCAGCAUGAUGCACGGUGCAAUGGCUUUGGUACGGUGCAAUGGAGCACUCAUGAGCACUGAUCUGAUUUUUAUUAUUUAAAGACAAUUGCUCCAUUGAUGACUUUCACUUCAAUGUUUAAAAAAGCUUUCCACAUAUCAAGAAAUGAUUCAAGUUAGGGUAUCAUCCAUUCUAAAAUGGAGUAGCUGACAGAAUAUAUUUGAGAAAUAUAUAUUUUUAGAACUCUAAUAACCCUGGUUGUCAAACACCCACCAAACAUUUAUAAUUAUGCAAG